AUGAGAAAAGCAUUUGUUCAAAAAGAAAACACAAACACCGUCUUUUCAAUUAAACAUAAUACUCCAAUGAUCAAAAAAAUUGAAGUUUGCAAUAAAAAUUCUUUUGUUCCUUUCCCAAAUGAAGAGGUUGAAGAUAUACCUUAUGUAGAUUGUGAAGAAAUUAUCAUUCCUGAUGAUUUGGAAAAUGAACGAAUAUCAAAUAUUAGGAAUCUCUUAUUUCUUAACCCAAAUUUUAGUGAUAGUGAUGAUGACCUUUGGAGUGGUGAACAAACCGAUUUUCAUUAUUCUGAUCAAUCUUCAGAUUCUAUCUCGUUAAUGUAA